GCUCAUUCACUUGUGCUUGCAAUGUUGGUUAUACCGGAGUUGGUACAUCAUGUACAGGCUCAUUCACCGUUGCUUGCAAUGUUGGUUAUACCGGAGUUGGUACAUCUUGUACAGAUCAAGACGAAUGUACUUUAGGAACGCAUAACUGUGAUUCAAAUGCUGCAUGCACAAAUACUGCAGGCUCAUUCACUUGUGCUUGCAAUGUUGGUUAUACGGAGUUGGUACAUCUGUACAGAUAUAUUUGCUCAUUCACCUGUGCUUGCAAUGUUGGUUAUACCGGAGUUGAUCAAGACGAAUGUACAUUAGGAACGCAUAACUGUGAUUCAAAUGCUGCAUGCACAAAUACUGCAGGCUCAUUCACCUGUGCUUGCAAUGUUGGUUAUACCGGAGUUGGUACAUCUUGUACAGGUGUGAUGGCUUGUUUCUUUUCAUUUGUUAAUCAUGUCUCUUUGUCUUCUAGAUCAAGACGAAUGUACUUAGGAACGCAUAACUGUGAUUCAAAUUCUGCAUGCACAAAUACUGCAGGCUCAUUCACUUGUGCUUGCAAUGUUGGUUAUACCGGAGUUGGCUCAUUCACCUGUGCUUGCAAUGUUGGUUAUACCGGAGUUGGUACAUCUUGUACAGGUGUGAUGGCUUGUUUCUUUUCAUUUUUAAUUCAAUCUCUUUGUCUUAGAUCAAGACGAAUGUACUUAGGAACGCAUAACUGUGAUUCAAAUGCUGCAUGCACAAAUACUGCAGCUCAUUCACUUGUGCUUGCAAUGUUGGUUAUACCGGAGUUGGUACAUCUGUACAGCUCAUUCACCUGUGCUUGCAAUGUUGGUUAUACCGGAGUUGGUACAUCUUGUACAGAUCAAGACGAAUGUACAUUAGGAACGCAUAACUGUGAUUCAAAUGCUGCAUGCACAAAUACUGCAGGCUCAUUCACCUGUGCUUGCAAUGUUGGUUAUACCGGAGUUGGUACAUCUUGUACAGAUCAAGACGAAUAUCAAGACGAAUGUACAUUAGGAACGCAUAACUGUGAUUCAAAUGCUGCAUGCACAAAUACUGCAGGCUCAUUCACCUGUGCUUGCAAUGUUGGUUAUACCGGAGUUGGUACAUCUUGUACAGGAACGCAUAACUGUGAUUCAAAUCUGCAUGCACAAAUACUGCAGGCUCAUUCACUGUGCUUGCAAUGUUGUUAUACCGGAGUUGGUACAUCUUGUACAGAUCAAGACGAAUGUACAUUAGGAACGCAUAACUGUGAUUCAAAUGCUGCAUGCACAAAUACUGCAGGCUCAUUCACCUGUGCUUGCAAUGUUGGUUAUACCGGAGUUGGUACAUCUUGUACAGGAACGCAUAACUGUGAUUCAAAUGCUGCAUGCACAAAUACUGCAGGCUCAUUCACCUGUGCUUGCAAUGUUGGUUAUACCGGAGUUGGUACAUCUUGUACAGGUGUUGAUGGCUUGUUUCUUUUCAUUUGUUAA